UAACUUCAGUGGGAUUUUUCGUUCCGAAUGGCGCACGGAUAGUGACCGGCAAUUUGAUGGAAGGUCACUGAACACGAGCAAGGAAUACGGAAGGGGGGCCUACCAGGCCAUCAAGGCACGUGCAGAAGGCUAUAUACUAGGUACCAUAUAUAUAUAGCCAAUCCUUCAUUUCCAUCAACCCCCUCCUCGGUGACCCCACCGUCCUUUGACUAUCCAGUCCAUUCACGCUCCGACUCUCUUUCAUCUUGGAGGACAUCGCUGGCUACCGGUCGUCAGUAUGCCUCAUAGCAUUCGUGCUACCUUAUGCGAUACUGCUCAGAAGCUGGGCUACUUUCAUGUCCCAGUCACUGCUCUCGAGCCUCUGCGGGGCCCCGACGCCGUCAACUUUGACGAACCCCGGUUAAGCCCUAUCUGGUUCAAGCCACCAUGCCCACCAUGCCCGUCAGCAGAUACCGACAUGCAGGAGUUGCCGAAGAUGAAUAUCAGAACAACGCGAUAUCGUCAGAGAGGUCGUCCUCGAGAAGAGUGCGAAGUAACACCAGAGGAGGCCCUCGCUAACAUGCUUGCCGCAACCAGUAUUAGUUCACGAUCAAGUUACGAAUUGGGAAGUUCCGUAUCGUCGGAUUCAUCGCCCAGUCCCCGAGGGCCUGAGGACAUCCCUCGGUGCCUAUUAAUGGACAACAUCCCGACGCCCGCAGCUAAGUCGGAUCUCGUUUCGAGGUCGACCGCUGAGAAGAGGGGAAGAAAAGCUCGACGACGAAGCGCGCCUUAUAGCCCGUAUCAGUACUGUCCAGCAUUGCAACGGCCAGACCGAAGCCGAGGGGCGAGGGAUCCUUCCCCCAUGACUGUUGUUUCUGACUAGUUGUAUACUGCGUGUACUUGCCAUGUAAUUCUAUAUCUAUAUUAUUCAGUUCAGAUUUGCGCCGGCGA